AAUAAGCAGUUGAUAUAAUUGUGCUUGAAAGACAUCAAAAUGGAGCUGCUGAAGAUCAACAGGGACCAUUUCCUCUUUUGCUGUGCGCUUUUGCAUGUGCUUGUCCUUGCUGGAGGUGAGAGUCUAGAAGCAUCACAAUAUAAGAAAAAUUGCACCUAUGUCAUCACCAUAGAAACCACGUGCACAUGGGGAGCUGAAACCUCAAAUCAUGUGAGCUUAAGAUUUGGAGACACAAACUCAAGCGAAAUAUUGGUUAGACAACUAAAUUCCAAGCAUCUAAGACAAGUUGACCCAUUGGAACCUCAAGUUCUUGAUGACAUACCAAGGAAACCAUUUCAAGCAUGCACGGUAGAUCAAUUUGUAGUCUCGGCGCCAUGCGUCGAGUCACCCAUCUGUUACUUGUACCUCAAGUUAAUCGGCAACGAUGAUUGGCGGCCGGGUUUUGCGCAAGUUCAAGUGCUUGAUGGAUCUCACCUUAGCUCCAAUUACUUUUAUUUCCGGCGAUAUUUGCCUAGACAUGUUUGGCAUGGUUUAGAUGUAUGUGAUAGUGAGGUUACUCCUUUUGGUCUCAAGAAGAAGAGAAAGGUUCAUGUGAACUAUCCAUGAGUAAUGUAAAACUCCAUGCAACUUUCUAUGUGUAUCUUUUAACCAAGUAGAGAAAAAUCAAUAAUUUUCUCCUUGAAAUGUAAAUUAUUGAAUAGUAAUGUCUUUGAAAUUUGGAAAUAGUUAGCUAUGCAAUAUGUGCUCGGCAAGUAA